CGAGUUCUUUAAACGGGUCGCAGAGCCAUAAAUUUUGAAAUUUGCAGAAAAUGCUGUACAAAUAAAAAUGAAGUCGUUCUUAUUUAAAACAGCUAUUGUAGUUAAUAAAAUAUUUUUAAUUAUUUUUUCUUUGCUUGAACCAAUUCUGAAAUUGAUUUAUGAUACUGCAAGAAAUAAAAAACCAUUACCUCCUAUAAAAGAUGUAGUUUUAACAAAGAGUGCACAACAGCUUUCUUUGUUAAUUAGGUCUAGGAAAGUAACAUGCAAGCAAGUUGUUGAAGCAUUCAUCAAGCGAAUAGAGGAGGUGAAUGAUGAAAUAAAUGCAGUUGUCUACAAGAGAUAUAAAGAAGCUUUAAUUGAAGCUGAUAAUGUUGAUCAAAUUCUCUCAAAUGAUACCAAUCCCGAAGUAUACAAUGAAAUUAACUGUCCAUUUCUUGGUGUUCCAAUUACCAUCAAGGAGGCAAUUGCCGUCAAAGGUUGCCCACAAACUUCAGGUCUGUUGUCAAGGAAGAAUGUAACAGCAGAGAUAGAUGCUGAUACUGUUGCUUUGCUGAAAAAGGCGGGAGCUAUAAUCGUAGCCACCACGAACAUAAGUGAAGUUUGUAUGUGGUAUGAAUCAAGUAAUUUGCACUAUGGAAGAACAAAAAAUGCCUACCACAGAGGAAGAAUUGUCGGUGGAAGUUCAGGGGGCGAGGGUUGUUUGCAAUCAGUCGCUGGUUCUGCGUUUGGACUUGGAUCUGACGUCGGGGGAAGCAUAAGGAUGCCGGCUUUUUUCAAUGGCGUUUUUGGACACAAAACUACAUCUGGCGUUGUAAGCAAUUCUGGACAGUAUCCGAUGGCAAAAGGAACUACUGAAAAUCUUUUAUCUACUGGUCCCUUGUGUCGAUAUGCUUCAGAUCUCAUUCCAAUUUUGAAAGUGAUCGUUUUACCUGAACAUCUAAAUAAAUUGAAUUUGGAUCAAAAAGUUUGUAUUCAUGAGAUAAAGCUUUUCUAUAUGGACGAAGGUGACUGUUUCUUCACAUCAAAAGUUCACCCCGAUAUACGGGAGUGCAUGGAAAAGGCUGUGGAUCAUUUCAGGCAGCUAGGAUGUGAAGUGGAGAGAGUUAACUGGUGGCAGUUUAAAUACUCUUUGUUAAUCUGGGCAUGCAAAAUGUCAAAUAAUGAUGAAAAAGUAUCAUUCAACAUGUUGAUGGGCAACAUGAAACACGAAGUGAAUCCGUUUUUGGAGCUACUGUUAUGGCUACUUCUCUGCCCUCGGCACACGCUUCCUGCAAUUUGUCUAGGCAUAAUGGAGAAAUAUUCCUAUUCACGCCAGUUAUUGGAAUGGGCAGAAAUAACAAAUAUCGACCUCCGCAAUGAUAUCGAGUUAAUGCUUGGUAACAACGGAGUAUUUUUAUACCCGACGCUCAUCCGUUACCGGGAUUUUCUAAAAGGAAAAAGUUCCGGUGGGUUUUCAGAUUGUUGCUUCUCGGUAUAAUGACCGAUUAACAUGUGCUGUGGCCCAGGAAUUAGACAGAAUGUUCAACGGUUGGAAGCCGCCCUGCGACAUUCAAGUAUCAGAUGAAGAGAUUUGACGUUAAUUUUUUGGUAAUUUUUGAAAAAUAUAUUUGUGUUAGGUUCGGUCAAACAUGAUUUAUAUUUUUGUAUCUUCUCAUUUCUCACAUUUUAAAUACAAUUUUAUUUAUUGUUUUAGCUAUUGCAGUUGUAUGAAUAUAGUUAACGCAAUAUAAAAAUAUCUAUU